CAGCUGGCUACGACAUAUCUAUUCGCGCGCAGGCAUCACGCAAUUGUGGUGGCUGAUGAUUACUGAUCAUCACCACCCAUGUGUUCUGAUUAAAAAGUAAUCCAAGGCAGCGCUAUAGUGGGGUGUGACGUGCAGUAUUUUUCUUUCCUUCACCCUCACCUUGACAAUUUCCAUUCAGCAUUGCAAUGUCGCUUGGAACCCGGCAGCGAGCGGCGAGCAGCAGCACUAACAACAACAUCAUCAGUAGCAACCCAGCGCCAGCAAGCACCGGGAAUGUUGGCAUUUCGCGCACGCCAACCCACCCGUCGCCACCCAGCACAAUAGCCGAGAGUCUGCGCUCAUAUUGGACCUCCAGACGGGGGCAGCGGCGAGGAACCGACGCUCAGGACCAGCACCUGCUGCGGCAGCUCUACAAGAGUCCCCGCACAGGUACGCGGGCCAUGCACAGCGGCAACUCCCGGGUCUAUGUGCAGUCCUCCCCGCGUGUCAACGAGUCCGUUGGCAGGCUCUUCGCGCUCAUCAUCCGCGACUUUGUGCAGGAAUGGUAUGGAAAAAUAACCGACGACCGGGAAUUCACCGGCGAGGUUGCCCAGCAGCUGGUUCUGGUUGUCAAUGAGAUCGAGCGGCGCGUGCGCAAAGUCGACUGGGUGCAGUUUAUACUGUUCGAGGUGCCAGAUAUUGUGAAUCUGCAUGUGAGCGAUGCACACCAGUGUGAAGCGCGCCUGGGGACCGUUUAUGCAGGACGUGGGACGUCGAUCGAGGAAAUGUUUCAGAAUAUGCAGCCGCACGUUGCGCUGAGCUCGGCAGCCGACUCGGAACUGGCGUACCUGCGACACCUGGCGCAGGAGCUGCUGGGUGUGUUCAUGCCGCCGGAAGCGCACAACGACGAGGUUGUGUUCCAUCUGCUGCGCGAGAUCCUGGCGUGCGCGGUUCUUCGCAAUGUUGUCGAUGCUGUGUCGGAUCCGAGCACGCUGAACGAGGGCAUCAUUCGGGGUCUUGGGCGGUACUCCAGCAACCCGUACUUUAACCAGGCCGACAUGAGCCGGUAUGUGACCCAGCCCAUGGGUGUCGAGGACGAGUCGCAGCGGCCGCAUGGCGAGGGCCGAGAUUCGAAGGAUGCCCAACUACAGGAUCCAAGCUCGCCCAACGCCUCGGUAGAGACGAUGCUGCACGAUGCCCAGACGUCUGAAAUCAAAGCCGCCAGCCCUCGCAGCCCUCGCAAUGCGCUGCUGCACCGGAGCAGAGCUGCUGUGCCUGGAUCACCGAGGUUGUCAGCGGAUGUAGAUAGCCGGAGCAGCCUGGAUAGCCGCAUCCUUGGUUCAGUGGGCUCUGCACCGCAAUCGCCACAGGCGACGCCUGCAGAGGCAAGCGAGGGAACGAGCCCAGAGCCUGCAGCGCCUGCGACCAUCCCCAGCACAAUUGCAGCGACUACGGCAGGUUUGUCGGAGAAGCUGGGCAGCCAGCUGAGCUUUGCAUCGCGGUGGCUUCUGCGCGACCUGUUUUCGCAGGUGCGGUGGGAGGGGUGGAAGAACAACACCUUCCGUGGGCUCGUGUACCUGCACCUGAUUAUCACACAGGCCUUCAGCCGCAUGUUCUCGGUGUUCUCCGAGUACACCUUUUCGCUGAACCAGCUGUGGCAGGCCGACACGAUCCAGGCCAGCUACCGGGGCGCAAUAGAGCCGAUCCUAGCGCUGGCAAACACGGUUCUGUGGUUUGACCGGUACAACCACUGGGUGUGGGCGCAGUUUCUGUUUUACAUUUUCCCUCUGGUGAACAUUCUGGCGGGCGUGGCAAUCGACCGGACGCUGGUCAAGGUGGUCGGGCUUCUUAUCAGUGAACAGCAGAUUGCGAUGUACGUGGAUCUGCUGGUUGCGAAUCUGUGGAAGCCCGAGGAGGGCGGCAAGUUCAAGACUAGCAACAGGCCGUACAAGACGCUGGAUCAGCAGGAGAUGCUGAAGAAGGAUGCUGCUGAUCUGGUUGCAGAGCUGAUGCCCUAUAUCGCAUCCAGGUUCUUCUACGGCCAGUCGGAUGCCGAGCGGCUGCUGGCGGCACAGAGGAUCCUGGAUCCAUUCGAGAACCGCCAGCUCAACAAGCACCUGGUGUACAAUAUCCUGGACUCGGUCGUGGGCAAGAUCGCGCCCGAGCUCAAGGAGAAGCCCACAGUGUGAUGCGCUGAUAGAAGUAAUAUUAAUGGUAAUGCUGAACCCUGU